AUGGUGGUUAUGCAAAGGAUAUGGGUUUUGCAGGUCGUGAGGAUGGGUUACGAUGGAAGUGAUGGAUGUUAUGGUGGGUAUGCAGUAGGGGAUGUGGAUUUCACAGUUGCAGGAGCAGGGGAAAAUAUUGAGAAGAUGGUUCAGCAGCUUGUUGGAGCAGAAGGAUCCAAUACGGAUACCAUAUUCCCCCUGUUUGAUUUAGAAUUGCACCACCUAAUUCAGCUUCAUCAACUAACUACUCCAAUGGCAGAUACCCCUGUUUCUAAAGUGUUGCAGCAACUGAACUCCAUCAUUCAACAACAGAACGAUCAAGAGCUGAGGUUGGUCUCUGGUGUUAAGGAAGAAGUGAAUAAGUUGUCUGCAACACUCAAGGACAUCCAGUCAGUGCUUGAGGAUGCAGAGGAGAAACAAAUGAGAGACAAAGAUGUGAAGAUUAAGGAAAUUAGGAAACGACUAGAUUCCCUUGCAAAUGAGAAAGGAAAGUACUGCCUUGUGGAGGAGAGGAAUAUGGUUAAGGAGUUGGAAGAAGAAGCACAACAGUACUACCUGAAAAGUACUACUUGGUCUAUGACUAAUGGUGAUGUAUCAGAUGAUGAUCAUCAUAAUCAGAUAUAUGGUCAGGACACAGAUAAAGAUAUCAUAAUCAGCCAAUUAUUAAGUGAGAGUAGCCAACAGGAAGGAAUUGGCCUUCAUGUCAUCUCCAUAGUUGGUAUGGGUGGUCUGGGAAAGACUACUCUUGCUCAACUUGUCUUCAAUGAUAACAAGGUGACAAGUCAUUUUGAAAAGAGGUUGUGGGUGCGUGUGUCAAGGUCUUUUGAUGCUAGAAAGAUUGCCAAGGCAAUCAUUGAAGCCAUUAAUGGCGGAGAGAGUUCAAGUGCCGCUCCUCUUUCCCUGGCAUGGGAAUCCUUUCAACUACAUCUCUAUAACUCUAUUAAAGGAAGGAGGUUUUUGCUGGUCUUAGAUAAUAUAUGGAUUGAGGAUCACAGAAAGUGGGGUGCAUUGAAGUUUUCUCUUAACUAUGGUGCACUAGGAAGUAGAAUUUUGGUGACCACACGCAGUGAGAAAGUUGCAUUGACAAUGGGUGCAAUCAACCCGUAUCAUUCGCAGCCAUUGUCCAAUGAUCACUGUUUCUUGUUGUUUAGCCACCUAGCUUUGGCUGGAAGGGAGGAAAAAGAGUUGAAACAAUAUGAAGAAAUUGGUAAGGAAAUAGCCAAGAAAUGCAGAGGCGUUCCUCUUGCAGCAAAGAUAUUAGGAUGUCUCAUGCGCUUGAAGAGUACAAGACAAGAUUGGCUGGAUAUCUUAGAGAGUGAAACAUGGAAAUUUCAAGAAAGUGUUUUAUUACCAGCUCUUUUGCUGACUUACUAUGAUCUUCCCUCACCUAUCAAGUGUUGCUUUGCCUUUUGUGCUAUCUUCCCUAAAGACCAUUGGAUACACAAAGACAAUUUAAUCAAAUUAUGGAUGUCACAGGGUUUUCUUGGCAUUGACGGAAGAAAAGAAUUGGAGCUUAUUGGUGUGGAUUUUUUUGACAAUCUAGUGAUAUGCUCGUUUUUCCAGGAUCUAAGAAAAGAUAAGGAUGGCCACAUUUACUGUUGCAAGAUGCAUGAUCUUGUUCAUGACCUUGCACAAUUUAUCACUGAUAAAGAGUGUUUUAUUAUAGAUAUGAAGAAAAGUGAUAAUACUGGUGAUCAGUUGUACUACAACAAGAAGUUCUGCCGUUUAUCUUUGCUAUCAGGUGAGGAGGUCAUGUAUUCAAUUCCAGUAUCCCUUCACAGUGUCAAGGUUCUCCAUACUCUCAAACUCUUUGGGGAAAUAUCAGUUAUAACUCUUCCUCCAAUUUUAUUUAGUUAUUUGACAUGUCUAAGGGCAUUGGAUUUAAGUAAAACCAAGCUUACAGAACUCCCAUCAGAGGUUGUGAAAUUGAUACAUCUAAGAUAUCUUGAUUUGUCAAUGACAGAUAUCAAGGAAUUGCCCGAAACAUUGAGUGAACUAUGCAAUCUGCAAACCUUGAAACUUGACAAUUGUGAGUAUCUUAGUAAACUUCCGCAACGGAUUGGGAAAUUGAUUAAUUUGAGACAUCUUGAAAUUGAGAACACUGUUUGUCUCAAUCGUUUACCUCAAGAAAUUGGAAGAUUAACAUCCCUUCGAACAUUAAGCAGAUUCUUUGCAAGUGAAGGAUGUAGGAUUGGGGAAUUGAAAAACCUCAAUCUCAUUCGAGGAAGGCUAGAAAUAACAAGGCUGAAGAGAGUGGCAAACAAGAGCGAGAGCUUUGAGGCAGGAUUGAAGAAUAAAAAAGAUGUCCAUAGCCUGGUGUUAGAGUUUUCAGAUGAUUCAGUUGGAAUGAGCAAGGAAGUAGAGAGGAUGGAGGGUGUUCUUCAAGGCCUUGAACCACAUCCCAACCUAGUGAAAUUAAGCAUUUUUUAA